AGAGGCAGAAGCAGAGACAGAAGCAGAGACAGAAACAGAGACCGAAGCAGAGACAGAAGCAGAGACAGAGGCAGAAGCAGAGACAGAAGCAGAGAGAGAAGCAGAGACAGAAGCAGAGACAGAAGCAGAGACAGAGGCAGAAGCAGAGACAGAAGCAGAGACAGAAGCAGAGGCAGAAGCAGAGGCAGAAGCAGAGACAGAAGCAGAAGCAGAGACAGAAGCAGAGACAGAAGCAGAGACAGAAGCAGAGACAGAAGCAGAGACAGAGGCAGAAGCAGAGACAGAAGCAGAGACAGAGGCAGAAGCAGAGACAGAAGCAGAGACAGAAGCAGAGGCAGAAGCAGAGACAGAAGCAGAGACAGAGGCAGAAGCAGAGACAGAAGCAGAGACAGAAGCAGAGACAGAAGCAGAGGCAGAAGCAGAGACAGAGGCAGAAGCAGAGACAGAAGCAGAGACAGAGGCAGAAGCAGAGACAGAAGCAGAGACAGAAGCAGAGAAAGAAGCAGAGACAGAAGCAGAGGCAGAAGCAGAGACAGAAGCAGAGACAGAUGCAGAAGCAGAGACAGAAGCAGAGACAGAAGCAGAGACAGAAGCAGAGACAGAAUCAGAGACAGAAUCAGAGGCAGAAGCAGAGGCAGAAGCAGAGACAGAAUCAGAGGCAGAAGCAGAGACAGAAGCAGAGGCAGAAGCAGAGACAGAAGCAGGGACAGAAGCAGAGACAGAAGCAGAGACAGAAUCAGAGACAGAAUCAGAGGCAGAAGCAGAGACAGAAGCAGAGACAGAAGCAGAGACAGAGGCAGAAGCAGAGACAGAAGCAGAGACAGAAGCAGAGACAGAAGCAGAGGCAGAAGCAGAGACAGAAGCAGAGACAGAAGCAGAGGCAGAAGCAGAGACAGAGGCAGAAGCAGAGACAGAAGCAGAGACAGAAGCAGAGACAGAAGCAGAGACAGAGGCAGAAGCAGAGACAGAAGCAGAGAAAGAAGCAGAGACAGAAGCAGAGGCAGAAGCAGAGACAGAGGCAGAAGCAGAGACAGAAGCAGAGACAGAGAAAGAAGCAGAGACAGAAGCAGAGACAGAAGCAGAGACAGAAGCAGAGGCAGAAGCAGAGACAGAAGCAGAGACAGAAGCAGAGACAGAGGCAGAAGCAGAGACAGA